UCUUGCGCGCGCCUCAGCUUUAGCGUGUCACAGCUCCAAACUGCUCUAAAGUGCAGCUGAGGAAAGAAAUCAGUCUGAACGAGAAAAUAUAAGUAUUACAGCGGGAGUUCACACAGGCAUGGAGGGAUACGAACAAGAUGCUCAGAGACCAGACUCUAUCCCAGAAGUGGGAGAAGAUGCGGCGAGCUCAGUGCAGCCCGAAUCAGACACUGGUCUUACUGAGGAGGAACAAGAGGAGCUACGCAGCGAACUGGUGAAGGUGGAGGAGGAAAUCCAGACUCUUACUCAAGUGCUGGCUUCCAAGGAGAGGCACUUGGCAGAGAUCAAGCGGAAGCUGGGCAUCACUCCAUUGAACGAGCUUAAGCAGAACCUGAGCAGGAGCUGGCAUGAAGUCACCACAUCUACAGCGUAUAAGAGGACCUCAGAGACACUGAGCCAAGUGGGGGAGAAAGCCACAGCAGCGUUCUCCAGCGUGGGCUCAGCCAUCGGGAGAAAGCUAGAGGAUGUCAGUAUACGCUCCAUCCAACACUCUACUAGCAUGCCUGUGAUGAGGAACACCCCCACCUUCAAGUCAUUCGAGGAGAAAGUGGAGAGUAUAAAGACCAAGGUGAGCCCCAGCCCAUCAUCCACCGGAACUGAGUCCGACUCCCUGGCGAGUGCAGAGCCGGUGGCGGAGCAGCCAGACGAGACGACUGUUUUGGCUCCAGAGCCACACUGAGGAACAACCUCUUAAUCUCUCUCCACUCUUCCCUUCUCUCCCCUCUCCUCAUCCCCUCUGCUACUUCUCUCCUAAUAUCAUACUUAUCUUAAAAAAAAAAAAAUGAUUCUCUGUGCUCACUUUCUUUUCUUUAAAGUAGUUAGGAAAGAAUGUGUUCAUAGGAAAUACGUCACAUCAAGAUGGUGGACACAAGAAGGGUAGAAAAAUUAGCCUCAUGAGUCCACAGUUUUCCAAAACCAUUCACAUUUCUCAGUUUUCGCACUACAUCGGUCCAUGUUCAUCCGAGUUCCGUUAACUAUCUUCUGAAUGUUGGCGCAAGUCUGGUAUCCAGAAUGUGUGCUAGUCUGACACUGGAGCCGAUCACGGGUCAGGUGGAGAUGAGUGAAGACUUAAAGCUUCACACAGUUUGUAUACGACUGCUGCCUCUUACCUACCCGGUUCUCUUUCACCAAACUCACCAAACCCUAAAAUGUAUAAACAUAAACGAGGCCAGUUUUGCCCUUCAUGGGUUUAGUAACAUAGGGGUUGAGGUCUACACUGGUACCGCCCACAGAUGACCUUUAUAUGUAAUUUUGGUGUAAAGUAUAAACAGUGACGCUGAUAUUAGAUGGUCAGCUAUGACUUUUCAUACAGAUAAUGUUUUUGUAUUCAUUUUAUUUCCCUCUAAAUAAAACGCUGCCAUAGAAAAGCACUUAGACGCCACUUUAAAUGGUAUCUCAUACUGUUUAGUACCUCAUAACAAAUUACAAAGUUUAUGGAAAAGAAAGUAUAUUUUCUCUAUAGUUCUUUUUUUUUAUACAAGUGUUAUGGGUUUGUCUUUAGGUUGUGCCUAAAAAUGCCAAUAACGUAAAAUGCUUUGUGAACAGAAGUCUUUUAGAUUAUGGCAAACAAAUAAUGCUGGAUAAUAGAAGUCAAAACUCUAUAGGAUGUAUAUAUUUAAACAAAAUCAGGUUUAUAUAUUAACAAAUAUUGAAAAUGAAAUGCCCAUAUAUGUGUGUAGAAUUGUUUAUGUUCAGAUUUUAGAGAUAUUCAUAGAAAGGAAUUAAUUAUUGAAUUAGAGUCUAUCAAAUCUGUGAUGGAAAUUAGUUGAAUCUGAAACAAUGUUCACAAACAAAUUUGCAUCGCCCUUGCAAUAUGCAUCGUUUAUGUAGUUUCUUCUCUGUUUGGAGGGGACGCGUGGUACAGCAGUGCAUGCUGAGGCAGUGUGACACCGUUAAUCCCACCAGGUUGAUUUUGUAGGUUUCUCAUUACACUGAAGUGUUUUUAUUUCUCCUAUUCUGCGGCAGGUUGACAACAAUUUUUUUUAUUAAUCAAAGAACCACACUUUUUAUCCAUUUAUAGUUAAAUUUGUUUUUUUUUUUAUCUGUAACAUGUUAGUUCCUGUUUUCCAUUCACCGUACAGUAUAGAGUGUUUGCAGUUAUGUGCACCCCUCAUUCCCUCUCAUUGACGGCUGUCUAUCCACCAGGGUUUCGGCGUUAAAACUAAUGCAGUAUUGAAGCUGUGAUCUCCAGCCCUGCUGUAGUCUCAAUAUUGAUCUAAAUCUUGCAGAUUAAUUCUGAUAAUUUUGCAUUUCCAAUUCUAAUAUUUUAAUUUAUAUACAGUAGAAACACGGGACAGAAAUAUUUCUAUCAAAUUAAUGUUCAGAGGAUUAAAAUAUAAGAGUAACCCAUUUAAAGCACAUGGCAUAUAGAGCGAAGCCAACUGCAGUACCUCGGGUUAGAUAUACGUAUUGAACAGGUUACUAUAAUAAUUUCUAUCUGAAUCUGACUCAUCAGGGAGUCUUGUUUUUUCUCCCUCUGCUGGAAACAUGAGAAACACUUUUUGGACAUUUAUGGUUUUAUAGACACACAACUAGUGAUAAGAUAGAAUUAAUAAAAUGGUGGCAGUCCAGAAAACAGACUGGCAAUAAGGGCUGAAGGUCAAUUAGUGACGUCAACAUUCGUUUCCUCAUCAGCCUCUUUUUCUCUGUUGAAUGUAUAAUAUAGAAAUAAUAUAGAGCGUGUACUGAAAAGCAUUGUGUCCUGUAAGAUUUCCAGCAACUGUUACAGAGCGCUAACAAAAGAGACAAAAAAAAAAAAAAAAUCACAGAAAGAUUUACCAUGGUAAUAGUUACACAGGUUUUUAAGGCAUUUAUGUGGAGCACCGCUUAUACGAGUCUUUUCUACAUGGUUGCUAUAGAAUUCAUAAUGUAAUAAAUGAAUGCAUGAAAAACAUGUUUGUCAGAGUUUCUAUAAUGAAAAAUACAAUUAUUAAUUGUAACAAGGUCACACUUUUGGCAGAUUGUAACCUUUCUUCCUUACAAGCACAACACAGCUCUUAUACUUUAAUGAACACUUUAUGCGCAAAGUUUUAUCCUGCAGGUUUUGGCUUGUCUUAAAAAUAGGAGAAAGUUUCCAUCUAGUUGUUUAUAAUCUAAAAACUAAACUCUGGAUCUCCUUCAGGAUUCAGCAAGUCUACUUCAUGUCCUUAUCCCACUGGCAUGUAAACCUCUAUAAACACUCUGGCUGUGUUGCUCAGGUGGGUUUCGGGUGUUGAAAUAGAAGAAAUGUAGUCAGGACUCACUGUUGCUUUGUACUUUUAUCACUGUUGAUGUUUUUUAUGUCUAAAUUCUAGAGUCACAGAAUCAACGCAGAUUAGUAAUGGAAAAAUAAAAGAAAGUAAAGGCAAAAGAUGGA